AUGGCUCGUCAAUUCUUCGUCGGAGGUAACUUCAAAGCUAACGGUACCAAACAACAAAUCACUGAUAUCAUUGAAAACUUGAACAGUGCUGAUUUACCAAAAAACGUUGAUGUUGUUGUCUUCCCACCAUCUGUCUACUUGGGUUUGACUGUCUCCUUGAACAAACAACCAACUAUUUCUGUUGGUGCUCAAAAUGUCUUUGACAAAGCUUGUGGUGCUUUCACUGGUGAAACUUGUGCCUCCCAACUUAUUGAUGUUGGUGCUAAAUGGACUUUGACUGGUCACAGUGAAAGAAGAACCAUCCUUGGUGAAUCCGAUGAAUUCAUUGCUCAAAAGACUAAAUUUGCCUUAGACAACGGUGUUGGUGUUGUUUUAUGUAUUGGUGAAACUUUGGAAGAAAGAAAAUCCGGUGUCACUUUAGAUGUCUGUGCUAGACAAUUGGAUGCUGUUUCCAAGAUUGUCUCUGACUGGACCAACAUUGUUGUUGCUUACGAACCAGUCUGGGCUAUCGGUACCGGUUUGGCUGCUACUCCAGAAGAUGCUGAAGAAACCCACAAAGGUAUCAGAGAACAUUUGGCCAAGACCAUUGGUGCUGAACAAGCUGAAAAGACCAGAAUCUUGUACGGUGGUUCUGCCAACGGUAAGAAUGCCCCAACCUUCAAAGACAAAGCCAAUGUUGAUGGUUUCUUAGUCGGUGGUGCUUCAUUGAAACCAGAAUUCGUUGACAUUAUCAAAUCCAGACAAUAA